GGGGAAACUGCACCUCAAGCUGCGGACAAGCAAAACUCAUGACAUCGGGGACACUGUGUGUGUUAAGAGCAGAGAUCCACACAGGAGACUAUACCUUGGUGUGCAUCACUCCCACAAUGCAGCACACAAAGCAGCUGACUGUGGGCUUCCACCACACCGAUCACAUAAGAGUGAAUUUACCUCACAUAUAACAAAUUUUUGGUAUAAAGGGAUCUCGCAUACGAACAAAUUCCUGCAUACUGAACCCACAUAAAGCAAGGGAAACCUGUAUAUGCUCAAGAGAUCCCCAGUAGAGGGCCAUGCCCUCAGCUACAGAGGAAGGCAACCCCCCCCAGUCUGCAACAGUCUGACCAUGAUGUAAAAUUUGUUUCUGAUCCCAAAUGUGGGGAUUGGCAAUGGUCACAGUGUGGACACCCUAGCUGUGAAGUAGGUUUUCCUAAUGCUGAGCCCGAAACAAACCUGAAAUGAUCUUCCAGGCAUUUGUGACUAUUACUCCUAGUUUUCCCCAAGGAUGCCCUGGUGAACAGUUGUUCACCGAGCCCUAGAUGUACGCUUCUGAUGCAGCGGUAAGCUGCUACCAAGUCCCCUCUCAGCCUUCUCUUUUUCAGGCUGAAGAGUCCCAGAUCCUUCAGCUUUUCUCAUAUGUCUUGCUGUGCAAGUCUCUGAUCAUAUGGUUAGCCCUCCUCUGGAUUCUCUCAAGCUUUACCACGUCCUUGUUAAGGUGCGGAGUCCAGAACUGGAUGCAGUACUUCAGCUGCAGUCUCACCAAUGCUGAGUAGGGCCACGUAGAGCAGGAGAAUCACUUCUUUGCAGUGGUUUUGCUGGAGAUGCAUCAAUUGAUGCAUGCCAGCAUAUUGUUGGCCCUGCUGGCUACAGCAUCACACUGCCAGCUCAUGUUCAUACUGUGGUCAACUAUUACCCCCAGGUCUUGAUGACAAGUGAUGAGGGAUUUUCAGUCCUGCUGCUUGAUGAGAGGCAGCAGUUGCACAAGUGCCCGUGUCACAAGUUUUGCCUAUGAGCAGCUAGGGGUGCAGGGCCCCAGAACCCCUCUGCACCGAUCUCCUUGACAGCUGGCAAGCUUUGUGGCUGCAGCAGGGCCUACCUAGCAGCCAGGCCUGCAGUGGUUUCCUCCCCCCCCCUUGCCCCAAGACAGGCACAGUUGCACAAGCACCCAUGUCACAAGUUUUGCCUGUCAGCAGCUAGAAGUGCAGGGUGCCGGAACCCAGAACACCUGCACCGAUCUCCUUGACAUCUGGCAGGCUUCGUGGCCUCAGCAGGGGCUAGCAGGCCUGCAGCGCCUUAACACACACAGUGUCACCCAUGUCACGAGUUUUGCUUGUCCCCAGCUUGAGGUGCAGUUUCCCCCAAACCCCUUCACCGAUCUCCUUGAAACUUGGCAGGCUUUGUGGCCUCUACAGGGGCUAGCAUGCCUGCAGCGUUCACCCUACUGUGGCUUAACACAUACAUGUGACAUGAGUUCUGCUUUCAAGAUUUUGGGGUGCAGUUUCUCUGAACUCUCUGCACCCAUCUUCUUGAAACUUAGCAUGCUUCAUGCCCUCGGAAGGGGCUACAGUCCCUGCCAGUUUCAUCCAAAUCAGGCCAGAAAUGACAAAGUUAUAGCCCGUUUCAACUUUCCCCAUUAUAUCCUAUGGGCGAAACGUCAAAACAGGGUCAAAACGGCAAAACGUUUCAAUGGAACGGAACGGAACAGCCGUUUGACUCGAAACAAAAGUCAAAACGGACCACUGGUUCGUUGAAAUGCUGGUCAAAUGGAAUGCUUCUGUUUCGCACAGCCUUAAUGCUUAGCAUGUGCAAUUCCCUGAUUCAGCCUGUUCUGAAAGCAGAUGGGAAAACCUGGAGACUAACAAUAGACUUCAGAGUUUCGAAUGCAGUGACUCCUAUCACAGCUCUUGCUGUGGCAAAAUACCCUGAAAUUUUUGCAGCCAUAGCAGGAGGGGCAAAAUGGUUUUCAGUACUGGACUUGGCUAAUGAAUUUUUUGCUUUUCUCUUGGCACAGGAAUUCUGGUACAAACUCAGAUUUACAUUCAAGGGACAACAGUAUUGUUUUACUUGAGUACCCCAAGGAUUUCACAAUGCCCCAGCAAUAUGCCAUGCACAUGUGGUCAGGAUGUGGGACAAGCUUUCUCUAGAUAGUCAAAGUUGUGUGUUGUCAUACAUAGAUGACAUACUGAUAUAUGGAGGUGACAAAGAGCAAGUAGUGAAAGGUGACAAGGACAGUGUUGCAGGUGAUUGAGGAAACGGGGUUCAAGGUUAAUAGAGCCAAGGUGCAGUUGGUAGUCAGGGAGGUGAAGUAUCUAGGAGUUAUGUUGGGAUAGGAUGCUAAAACUCCAGAUAGGCAGCAAGUAGAGCUGAUAGGCAAAUUGCCAGCUCUAAAGGAGUUAUCAUCCCUGCGGGAAUUGCUGGGAACACUGAAUGGGACUUCAGUGUCCAUGGGACUUUAUUCCCAUGUUCAUUGAGAAGUCAGCCUCUCAUUAAACUGCUGAAAAAGGGUGACAGUGGGAAUGCGGCCCAGAAUAAUAAGUUUUAAUUCAGUUAAAAAGGGAUCUGGUACAGGCUCCUGCAUUGGCUUACCCAAAUGAGACAAAACCAUUUGUCUUGCAGCUGGUAACUACCAAGAGAGCUAUCAGUGUUGCCCUACUUCAAGGGAAAGGAGAAGAACAAAGACCAGUGGUUUAUGCCUCAAGAACCCUAACAGGUCCUGAGCAGAACUUUAAUCCAUGUGAAAAGGAGUGUUUGGCAUUGAGAAAAUGUGAAUACAUUGUAGGAGGGGCCUGUUUGAGAAAGUGUGGGGACUUCAGAUAACUGCUAGAAAGCCAGUGAUUCACAGUCUGGGAAGUGUGUGAAGCAAAGUCAGUGACUUGUGGCCCAAGGAAGGGGCCAGGAGAAAAUGGGACCCAGGAUGGUUCCAGAGGCUCAGAGUGGAGCUGAGUGAGAGAAAAAGAUCUGCAUCCCAGGAAAGGCAGGUGUUAGCAGGGCUCGGUGCCCAGGUCUCACUGGCCUAGGAGCAUGGUGAGGACCCAGAGAGGAGUCAAAGUCUGAGGGACACAGUUGGAGACCUAAGGGGUCCAGGAGCCCAUUGCCCAAAGGGGUCUGGAAGAGCCUUGAAAAACCAAGCGGUCUGGAAAUCCAGAGGCAGGGCCCUAGAGAUGUCAAAAGGUUAAAAGAGACUGCAAGAGCUGAGAACCUGAGAUCUCAACUAGCCAAGGAGGGGCCAGGAAGCCCAGAAGUGAGAGAGAGACUGUGCCCAUGAGGAGUGAAGAUGACCAGGGCAGGAGAGCUGGAAAUUGAUCCUGGGUAAGACCUGAAAACUAUACCCUCCUGGGACUGGUUAAUGUGAUAGAGCUAUUUGUGGCAGGGUAGUCUCUACAAAAUGCCACAUGUUGCUACUCCAGAGAAAGGCAAGUACAGGGCACCUGAAAACUGUGGCUCCCACUGCCUUGUGGGUUACCCUUUGUAGGGAAGAGGCUAGGGGGAGCACACUCCGACAGAAAAACCCUUGAUGAAGGCCAAGGAGGGAAGAUGUGUGGCAAGAUGUACCUUGGAGCACCUCUCUCUUUAAGAAGAAAAGACUGCUAAAAAACAGCCUUUGUAAGAAGCUAGGAGGACAAUCUGUAGAUGAGCUCUAGCACGGGCAGCAGCACAAAGCCUACCACAGUGUCAAAAGUGAUUCCAUGACCUGAAGUAACUUAAAGGGGUGUCAUGGCAUGAGAUCCCCAGGGGUGGCCGUGAUGCCCCAGCAGCUCUGUGACCGUGCAAGCUCUGCCCUGAGGGCACCCUCUUAUCUCACCUGCCAUGUUUUUGAUGGAAAAAUAACUUGGGAGGCUGCCCACAAGCCUUCGCUUAGACCUGGUUUGCUGAACCUUACUCAAGCUCUCUGAUCUGUAGACCCUUUGCCAGACCCCUCUUUAGUGCCAUGCAGCAUGAGACACCUCAGGCCUUAUGGGCCAGUUGCAUGGCUCCAACCACCCAUUUACCACACCUCAUGCCUCACGGGUGUUACAUUGCUAUUAUGCUCUGCUGGGUCCUUGGCCUACUCGGACUCCGCCCCUUUGAUAUAGCUAGGCCUUCUAGCCUAGGUUCACUGUGUUGGGCCCGGCUUUGAAGCACUAGCCCACAAACUCCUCUUAUUACUGGGCCCCUGGACCUUGCAGCUCGUGCCCCUCUAGUGCUGUGCUCUCUGCAGCCCCUGAGACUGCACUCCUCUGGUGCUGGGGCUGUAUACAAUUGUGUGGCCCCAAUGAGGCCUCCUCCUCCCCUAUUAGCUUCUUCCCAGUCCACCAGUUCAAACAAUAACACAAACCUAAGCCCCUGGGCUAAAACAUGACAUUAAUGAUAAAGGCAGCACUCUGCCCCUGUAAGAAGGCCAACUCCCACCCUUAAAAUACCAGACCCCUUUAUCUCUGGCACCUUGCAAGCCUCUGGAAUCUUACUGCAUUUGCAGGUAGCAAAGCAGGUAGCCGGAUGCAUUGGACUGCUCUGUUGUGCUGGAGCUCCUGGCAGUUGCCAAACAGAAAGUAGAUCUCUGGCCAGCCUCAGUCCUGAGCUUAUAUGUGCCCUGGGCUCUGACUCUUUCUGGUCAGCUGACCGCCUGCAAAUUACCUUGUUAGCCUGUUAGGCAACCUGCAGCUGUGGGGCUCUGUGUAGCCUGCCAGGCUUGGUUGCUAAGCUGUUUCUGCUCUCAAAGGUGCAGGCACCCCUUGGUGCCCUGCGACAAGGGGAUUGAGCCCCUCCCCCUUUUUUGUCUAUGUUUUGCAGUGAUGGGUACAUUGCCACUGAACAUGUCAGUACUGUAAAUAUGAAUAAUAUUUCACUGCAAGGAGUUUUCCUCGACAGGUUUCUGUGUGCUUGUUUUCUUUUGCAGAAACCUUAGUGUAAAAUUCAAUCCAGUAGCAAAGGUGACUGAUGGACCACAAGGCCACAUUACCAUCAAUAGAAUCAACAGCAUAUCCCUCACCAAAACAAUGGCUUUAUUAUUAUAACAAAAAUCAUUUUGUCUAUUUUGUGUUGUUCAUCUUGUUGCUUGUUUGUUUGACAUUGUCAAAAGUUUAAAUGCUUAUCAAUAUCAUGUAAAUAUUGUAAAAAUCAUUGGUAAUACCCCCUUAAAAUUUGAAUUUGUCUGUGGAUCGCAGACCAGGACACUUCCGUCCAGCUUGGAUUGGAAAGUUGUUCUAAUAUUUGAAACAAAGGACAAUGAUUCAUAUGAAGUUUCAAGCUGUAAAUUUAUUAAAAGGUAAUGUGUGUAUUUUUAGCAAACCACCUAAUGAAGUUUUCAAAGCUAUAAAGAGAAUCUCAUUUGUAUUUAGAUACUGUUUAUAACACCAACAUACCAGGAUGUGUGUGAAAAACUGCAUUAACCCAUUGUUUUAGAGGAAACAAGAACCUGCAGAGUUGAUGCGUCCCUGAACCUGGGACCUCUGUGUUUAAAAGAUGGUUAAAAUCAAAGCUAAAUUUGGCUCAGCAAUGGUGUAGUGUUGCCUGGGUAGCCAUGACAAAUUGAAAGGAUGUGGACCACUGCUGAAGCAUCAAAAAGUUUGCUUGGUACAAAGAACAAUCAAGCUUAGUUGUGUUAUGCUGUAUUGGCUGUGUUUGUAGAAUAUUACUGUUGUGACUGUGAUUUUACGUAUUUUAUGCCCCGGCGGACUGUUCAGUCUAUCCAAGCUAAACCAUGGCUAUAUAACCCUAGUGCAGCUGGAAUUGGAUUUGCCACUUUUGCAGCAAGUUUUGUCUCACCCUGAUCUACACACUGUACUCCAAUCUAUUAAGAAAUACAAUCAAGAAACUGUGGUUCAGAUCAAACAUAACAAAAAAGAUGUACUGACAAUAUUAGAAAAGGUCUGGAAUGCUGGACAGCAUCCUUGGUGGAAAACUGACGGAUGAAGUUCAACUGCUAUGGGAUUUUUAAAUCUAAUGUUACAUCCUAUUGUUGUUUUGCUUUUUGUACAAAUAAUAUUGCUUGUGUUCAUGAUUUUAUUGUAUUGGACAAUGAAAUGGCUAUACUUUAGAUGAGAACGCUAUCAAGCUCAGUGGCUGCAAGGACUAUAUUAUGACAAGCUCCUUCAACAAACCAGAUAUCAGGCAAGCCUGGGGUGAAAUGAUCACUCACUGCAUAAAGAGCUUGGCUGAUGGCUUCAACUCAUACAGGCCUUGAGAAGCAGGAGCAGUUUCAUUACCAGACUGACUUCCAUGCAGUGAACCUAGUCAUAGGUGAACCUAGAUUGUUAGGCUAGCUUGUCAUAUUUUAUGCCUUAAAGUUGCACCUGUUUAUAGAGUGGUGAAUUACAGUAUUGUUUAAAGUUUUCUUUUAUAUUCAGCCUUAUUUUAUAAUCAUUGCUUAAGUUCUGUAUAGCCUCAUUGUUAUCUGAACUUUUCAUUUGGCUGGUGUCUGCAGUAUCAGCUGGCCUUGCCUCUUACAGCUUAUGGUCUUGUGUUUGUUUGCGUGAUGUUUCUUUCCUUUUCUAUCACUGUGAGGAGUGUUUCUAACCCAACAUAGUAAUAGUUUUAUCAGCUCUAAUUAACUGAACUUGGCACUAACUGGCUGAAUAGGAGGGAUGAAAUAAUUGGCUAUGAUAAUGAAAGGUGAUAAGGGAGACCAAUGGACAAUGCCCGAAGUAAGACAUUGGAAAAAGGCCAAAUUAAGAGGUGCGCUCAUGUUGGGUCUGUUGAACAAAGGAAUAUACUGACAGGAUAAAAUAUGGACAAUAUGUUGACUGCAGAGAGACCAAUCUGAAAGCAAGGAGUCAUAGUGGUUCCCAACCUUUUUACACUGUGGACCAGAAGUGACUGCAGACCUGUAAACUGUGGACCAGCAGCCAGUUGGCUGCCGGUCUGCUGUAUGCCAGGCACUUCCAGAUUUCCGGUCCUGCAGCCAGCCCUCCUGCGGACCAGUAGCCAACCCUUUACGGCCCGGGGGUUGGGAACCUCUGAUCAAAGGAGUGAAGUUAAAGAAAAGCAUAAAAAGGGGGCAGUAAGAAAGUAGUUGUGUGGUUAUCAUAAAUCCAGCCUUCAACACCUCUCUGACGCACCCUUUGCUUCAGGAACUUGCUUCAGUGUUUUUCUCUCUCGAAAUAUAGAAACUGCUAACAUAAGACUUGUUGUACUAGUAAAGUUAGACUGAUUUUAGGAUGUUGAGUUGUCUGUGUUUGUAUUUCACUUUCCAUUUAAGGGUUAAUUGUGCUUUAAGGAUCCCUGAGCUCUGUCUGGUGGACAGUGGUGCUAACAACCAUGUCCUCAUCAAGGGCUCGGUGUCUAGCUGAGAGGAAGCAUCAAGAAGAGGAGAGAGUAUCCCCGUUGUCUCGCUCUGGACUGGGAUUGUUCAUGUCUUCAUUAAGAAUCAGGACAAUGAGAGAGCUGAGGCUGAGCAAAUCGGGGGAUGGGACGGGGACAGCAUCCCGGAUGACCUGCAGGGGCUGGCCGAGCCCGCGGGCAGCCCUGUGGCAUUCAAGGGGACCGGGCGAAGUCGGGCCGCGAGCCGGCGGCGGGCGGAGGAGGGCUCCCCGCCCCCCCGACCGGCCUGCGGCGGCCGCGGCCCCCGGCUCGGGACGUGAGGAUCCAGGCACUGGCGACCGGCCGCUCCUCCCCGCAGCCCGGCUCGGCUCGGCCGGCUCCUCCGCCGGAGCCAUGGCACAGACCCCUGUAACGUUUGAUGACAUCGCUGUCUAUUUCUCGGAGGAGGAGUGGGAGGAGCUGGCCCAGUGGCAGAAGGAGCUGUACCAGGAUGUGAUGAGGGACAACUAUGAAGCUUUGGUCGCACUGGGACAUGUUGCCACUAGACCUGACAUUGUCUUGCUGAUUGAACAUGGGGAAAAGCCAUGUGUCAAGGGUCCUGAGGACUCUGGGAAGCGAGGCAUUUUCAACAAUGACUACUUCUAUGCUGAGAUCACAAGGAAGGAGACUUAUCCUGGGGAAAGUCUCAGUGGGCAGGAAAUGCCCAGGCUACUGGCAGUGGAGCCCAGAGCAUGUACCUUUCAGAGCUCAGACAGAGGAUUAGUUUGUGGAGCUCAUUUUUACACAGAAAAUCAGCAAGGAAACCUUACAGAGAGUAGAAGACAUGUUCCUGUCACUCCAUGGGAAAAUGAGUUCACUGAAGCCUGCUGGUUCCACAGUACCAUUGAAGGUGGGCAGGCAGCUUCCUGUAUCCUGUUUCAGGGACCCCCAUGUGCACCUGAAUGCAAGAUCUGUCCUUUGGAUGUCCUUUUUCCCCAGCUACUCUCAUCCACUGAUACACUUUAUAAAUGCACCCAGAGUGAAAGAUGGUUCACUCCCCAGCUAGCUCCUGGCAGUCAUUGCAGUGCAUCCAUAGGAGUGGACCCCUCAAGGUACACUGAGUGUGUGUGUAGCACCAACAAUAACUUUAGUCUCAUUGCACACUCAAGAACUUGCUCAAAACAGCCCCCCAGUAAGUGCACCUCCUGUGAGCAGAGCUCAGCACUUGCCACACCUCCAAGAACCCAGCCUGAAGGCUGGCUGUAUAGAUGCAUCGAGUGUGAGAAACGCUUCCACUGCAAGCAAAAAUAUGCCUGGCACCAGAGAGCUCAUGCUGGGGAGAGACCCUACAGGUGCAGCAGGUGCGGAAAAAGCUUCCGGUACAAACAUGAAUUCUCUUGGCAUCUGCGGGUCCACAUGGCAGAAAGACCCUACAAGUGUGAUGGCUGUGAGAAGAGCUUCCGCUACAAGCAAGAGUUUGCAUGGCAUCAGAGAACCCACAUGGGGGACAGGCCCUAUCAGUGCACCAUGUGUGGCAAACAUUUCCAGUACAAGCAGGAAUUCACAUGGCACCAAAAGAGCCAUAGAGGGGAGAAAAGCUACAAGUGCGUGGGCUGUGGGAAGAGCUUUCGUUACAAGCAAGAAUUCAUAUGGCAUCAGAGGAUCCACUCAGGUGGGAAACCAUAUCAGUGCCCUAUGUGUGAGAGGACCUUUAGCUGUAAACAGCAGUAUGCCUGCCACCAGCAGGUGCAUGCUGGGGAAAAGCCCCACAAAUGCUCUGAGUGUGCGAGGAGUUUCAGUCGGAGUUCAGCCCUGCUCAAACAUCGGAAACUCCACAUGGGAGAAAGAUCCUACUGCUGCCCUGGCUGUGACAAAAGCUUCAGCCAGCACUCAAAUCUUGCCAAGCACCAGAGAAUGCGCAUGUGGCAGUGGGGUCCUCUAGAGGGACAGAAGGAACUGCAAGAUGCCAGAAAGACACGACACCAGAAAGAUCCUGUAACUCGUAAGAGCCUGUAACUCCUUUGAGCCUGGAAAGAGCUCCAGUGGAAACUCUUUCCUUUCUAAAUGUCUGAGAGCUCAGGCAGAAGAGAAAUGCAGCCAGUGAGCCCAGUGUGUGCAGACUUCAAGCAUGCAGUCAAGUCCCACAGUGACACUAAUGAAAAUAAGAGCUUUGGAAAGGGCUGGACAGGUGGGAGGAUUAUUAACUCCUACAAUGUGCAGGCUAAGGAUACAUACAGGGGUAAAUUUGCCAGAUGUCCACUAAGAAAUUUGCUGCUGCUGUCAAUUUGACAUACAAGAUACUGAGAAACUACAGUGAUGAGAGGUAGAAUGGGACCCUGAGAGAGUUGGAACACAAUGACCUUUUUGAUUUCUGGCUCUGCCUUAUUGUUGCUGAGUUGCAGCUUGUGUCCGUGUAUAAGAUUACAAUCACUUCAGUCCUGCACAUCCCCACUGUAUUGCUGGCCUUGGAUACACCCAAGAUGGUCUCUCUUACCAGGGAAAACCAACUAUCAUGCAAUGUAAUGGAGAAUAUCCAUGCAGAGAGGUUAGGCGGUUCAAAGCAUUACGACUCAUAAUAACUCUAGCUCAGCACAUUAGGUAGCGAUGAAUCUUGGCUACUGAAUGCUAUAGAGAGAGAUGCUUGUAAGGCUCCUGCUGUGCUUCUUCUCCUUCCCCAAAUGCUCAAAUCAACUAGUUUUCUUGUACUUUGUCUCAUAUGACUCAUUACAGGGGCAGCUGCCUUGAGAUACAUCACUGACAGGUUAGCAAGGAGGCAUCUUUGUCCAACCGGGGGUGCACUCACAUUAACAAGAUGGGCACUUUGUGUACUUACCAGGAUUUGAAACCCAAGACAGCAGGGCAUUGACUCAUGAAUACACACUGACAUGAA